ACAGUAAAAAAUAAUCAAACGAGGGGUCGUCUCUUCGUUUCGUUUCCUCGAGCAACGCGACAAUCGUCAAAGGGAGCGAUGCUGCGAACCGCAAGCCGGAGUUGUUCCUGGGGCGUCCUGUCUCUGGUGUCAUUGCUGUUAUUGCUGAGCCUCGCGAGGCACCACCAGGCGGACGCGGCGAGCAUGUACAGAACGGCCUCGGACUCGCACGUGCAGCGCUUGUGCUCGAGCAACCUCAGCGACGCGCUAUUCCUGCUGUGCAAGGGCCGCGGCUUCAACGGGCCAUUCAGCAACAGCGGCGAGGUCAGCUCCUCCGACUCAAAGUCCGGUGGCCUCGUCGACGAGUGCUGCAUACAAUCCUGCACCCUAGAGCAGAUGGAGCAGUACUGCAUGCCCCCGCCGCCCAGCAAAACUGAUUAGCACC